UUUUCAGAAGACAAGUAUAUAUGGGUUCUGUGUUUACUGUUAGCUAGAGAGAGCUCUUUGUUUUUGUCAUCCCUGAAAUUCAAAAUGUCCCGAGUUUACAGCAGCCUGCUUAGUUGUCCUUAAAUAGAUCAGGGGGAGUAUUUUUAAAGGUACUGACAAACUUUUUUUUUCAGGAGGAAGAGUUAUUUUGAUCAGUUUUUUCUACACUUGUAACUGAAGAGGAAACUUCAUCUGGGAAUUUCUGCACAAGGACUUGGAAAAGGUCUAGAAGGUGGCAGCCAUGGUGUUGAUUCUUGGCAGAAGGAUGAACAGGGAGGACUCUGGGAUCAGAGACUCACCAGCUGUCAAACGCAAGGUGUUUGAAGUUGAGUCCAAAACUUCAGUUGCCCCUGAUGUCUUGGACUUCUGCUCUGGCGCAUCCCACUCAGAGGGCGUCCUGCAGGUAUUCAACGAGUUCCGUGACUGCCGGCUCUUCACUGAUGUAGUGAUCAGCGUCCAGGGCAGAGAGUUCCCUUGCCAUCGUGCUGUUCUCUCUGCCUGCUCUUCCUACUUCAGAGCCAUGUUCUGCAAUGAUCACCGCGAGAGCCGAGAGAUGUUGGUUGAGAUAAACGGCAUUCUCGCUGAGGCGAUGGACUCCUUCCUCACCUACGUCUACACCGGACGCGCCAAGAUCACCACAGAGAAUGUGCAGUUCCUCUUUGAGACCUCCAGCCUCUUUCAGAUCUACACGCUGAGAGAUGCCUGUGCCAAGUUCUUGGAGGACCAACUGGACCCGUGCAACUGCCUGGGCAUCCAGCGCUUUGCAGACGCCCAUUCCUUGAAGCAGCUUGCCAGCCGCUGCCGCAGCUACGCCCUGGCCAACUUUGCAGAGGUGGCUCAGCACGAGGAGUUCCUGGACCUGCGCAAGGAAGAGCUGGAGGAGUACACUGCCAGCGAUGAGCUGUCUAUCGGGAAGGAGGAGGUGGUGUUUGAGGCAGUGAUGCGGUGGGUGUAUCACGGCGUGGAGCACAGAAAGCCCAUGUUGAAGGCUCUGCUCCACCACGUCCGUCUGCCUCUUCUGCACCCUAACUACUUUGUCCAGACUGUGGAGGGAGAUCAGCUCAUUCAGAAUGCUCCCGAGUGCUACCAGCUUCUGCACGAGGCCAGACGCUACCACGUGCUUGGAAAUGAAAUGAUGUCACCAAGAACUCGUCCACGCAGGUCGACUGGCUUCUCUGAGGUGAUUGUGGUGGUUGGUGGCUGUGAGAGAGUGGGGGGCUUCAACCUGCCGUACACUGAGUGCUAUGAUCCAGUCACAGGAGAGUGGAAAUCCCUGGCCAAACUACCUGAGUUCACCAAGUCUGAAUAUGCAGUCUGUGCCCUCCGCAAUGACAUCCUGGUGUCAGGGGGUCGUAUAAACAGCCGUGACGUGUGGAUGUACAACUCCCAGCUCAACCUGUGGAUCAGAGUGGCUUCUCUGAACAAAGGCCGCUGGAGACACAAGAUGGGCGUCCUGCUGGGAAAGGUCUACGCCGUGGGUGGCUACGAUGGGCAGAGCCGCCUGAGCAGCGUGGAGUGUUACGACUCCUUCUCCAACCGCUGGACUGAGGUGGCUCCCAUGAAAGAGGCGGUCAGCUCUCCGGCUGUGGCCAGCUGUGCAGGCAAGCUCUUUGUCAUCGGAGGAGGGCCCGACGACGAUACCUGUUCAGACAAGGUCCAGUGCUACGAUCCAGAGACAGACACGUGGUUACUGCGGGCCAACAUCCCCAUCGCCAAGCGUUGCAUCACAGCAGUGUCCCUCAACAACCUCGUCUAUGUGUGUGGAGGUCUCACAAAGUCCAUAUUCUGCUACGACCCUGCAGAGGACUACUGGAUCCAUGUGGUUCACACUUUUAACAAACAGGAGAGCUGUGGCAUGUCAGUGUGCAAUGGUAAGAUCUUCAUCCUCGGGGGCAGAGGGGAAAACGGCGAAGCAACAGACACCAUCCUGUGUUACGACCCAGCAUCAGGCAUCAUCACAGGUGUGGCGGCAAUGCCACGGCCAAUCUCCUACCAUGGCUGUGUAACCAUCCACCGCUACAACGACAAGUACCACAGGCUCUGACCACAAACCAACUCACAUGAAACCCGCACACACUCCCGCACAUGGGAGCACUAAAGAACUCUGACUCUUUAAAACCUUACCCUCUUUAAGUUCAUCCCAUGCACAGCACAAACACACUUCUGUCAAAGCAAGUACUGGUGAGCUAAUUUAUUUUCUCUCAGCGUCAUGUAGCAAUACUCAGAAUGGUUCCCCAAAUCUUGUGCUGCUCUGUACUAGAGUGAAAACCCCUCUGUGGAAGUGAGCAUGAUGAUACAUCUUACCUUGGUAAUAACUGCACAAUGUUGUGAAGUGAUGGUUCAGAUAUGUAAACAAUAUGUAAAUGGUCACUCAUCAAACAUACAUGAUUUCUUUUUUAAAUGAAAAAAGAGUAUUUAAGUGAAACUUCCUAAACUUCAGAUAACAUAUCAAUAAUAUGAAUGUAUUUUAAAUGCAAGAUUUUGCUUUUUGCAGACCUUUCAUCCUUUUUCCAUCUGAUGAAUACAGUCCUCAGUACAGUCCAAUCUUCAUAAUAUACAUUAUUUCACUUAUUACCUGGCAGUCAACUAAAGACAAACAAAAUUGCACCAACUCUUGAUUCAAAGAUGAUUUUAUCACUUUAACAAUGAUGUGUUUGUGCAGCUGAAAAGUAGUUCCUUAGGGUAACGUCAGACAGGGUGAAUGUCAGCAAUAUUUAUGGUGACAUUCCUGUCUUCACUCAGCUGUCUUUCUUCUCGGAGCGUUGCAGUUAGUGCAUCUUUAAACAUAAAUGAGACAAAUGUCACAACUUGUAACAUUGUUGCUGUUGGUUAAUGCUUUCACAAUUGAGUAUUAAUCACUGUUGUUAUAGGAGUUUGACCAAUCAGAAUGUAGUAUUAAUAAGCCAGGUAAUAACUGAGUUUAGUCAUGAUGCUAUCAGUUAUAAAGUGAACUUCCCCACAUGGUUACUGUGCUAACUUCCUCCUGAGAUCUAGGUCCCUGAUGAGCUAGAACGAUCACACAUAAUGCUGAUGAACAAAAUCAAUGCUUUGAGACAUACAUUUAAAAAUGUCCACGCAAGAAUGUACCAAGGAUGAUCCACAAGUCCUCUGUUUUUUAACUCUUUUUUAUUGAUACUGAAUCAACCUGAUGAUAAAGUGGGGAACAGUCAGACAGCUGCUCCUCCACAUCAUCAUCAGUGGUCACAAGUACAAAUUUCUCUGGCCGGUUGACCCAGAGCGAGGCUUUCAAAAGAGAUAAAAAGCAGAGGCUGUACUGAAAUAUUGGAGCAUAGCCACUACUAGCUCUUACUUCCUUUUUCCUCACAUCCCUCCUCUUAUCACCUGCUUCCACUUCCCGUGUGCGUUUCCUCUUCUCCCUGCUCCAGCUGUGCCAUCACCCCCUCAUAUCCUAUUAUAUUGCUAUCUCCUUUUUAAGCUUUAUUUUUGCUCCAUUGUCAUUAUUGUUAUUAUUUUUAUUACACUCAAUACUGACAUUUUAUUUUUUAUUUUUUUAAGUUAUACUUGUUUGUAUUUUUUUUAUAACUGAAUGUUUACUGUAUUAUACAUAGCUUUAGUGUGUCUGUUUUUUAUAGAUCAUAGUUCAUUGGUGUCCUGGGCUUUGUGGGUUGUUUUAGUAGAUGUGAGAAGCCUUUGUAGAUCAAACUCGAAGACUGCUCUGAAUAUAAGUGGUGUGCAUGUUUGGUAUGUGUGUAUAUAUGUGUGACUUUUAUGACUCGGUCUGGGUGUAUUGGAGCCAAGUAGGUGUUUCAAAGAAUUCUUCUAACUUCUGUCUACAGAACCUUUCCCACUCAAGGUGGCACCUCUCACCUGUGCACUUGCAUGUAAACAUGUAACUCGGGGUAACCAUAGAAACCUCCAGGUGUGUUUGAGUGUGUGCUUGUUUACUAGUCAGCUAAGGUGGCGUGUGUAGCAGUGCUAUUCCACGCACAGGUUCUAAAUGAUAUAGAUUUUGGAUGAUGUGGCUUGUGGUCAGUGAAAGUCACUUUUACUACAUUAAGUGUUGAUAGACUAGAGAUGUUGCUGUGAAUAUGAUUUUAAUGUUUAACUCGUAUUUAAAUGUAUUUCUUUCUUGGUUGUGUAAUGUGUUUUUCUGUAACGGAGAGCCCCAAUUGUGCACUUUGACAGAAUUCUGUUAAAUGUAGAAUUGUAGGAUUAUUAUUAUUUCCUGUCUUUUUACUGUAUCAGUAAAUGUUCUUUGCUUUCAUGUGACGUAUGAAAGAGACACUAAAAGAGCCUGUCAGCUCCUCCUGUUGGUCGCUACCUGCAUUGCUCUUAAAUUUAAACAAAACAACACAAAUUGCUAAAAGAAAACACUUUCAAGAGGGGGUGAUAGAGUGUUCCUUUAGAUUAAAACCAAAAAAUCUGGGAAACAGUGAGUUUGAUGUUUGUUACUCUCUGUCAGUCAAAAUGAGAAAAACAGGUGAGGUAUCGCAGCCUAAAUCAUCCUGCAGGCUUUUUCUUAGAAAGAUUGGUCCAGAGUUGGGUUUCCUAGCAGGCUUGAAAGAAAACAACCUGAGGCACAUCAACACUCCUUCACAGAGUAACAUACUUCGGGUAAGUCAGGAGGCCACAGCAAGAGGAGGCUCACAGGCUAGAAAGCUGUAAAGCAAAAUAACGGGAGUUAGAAAAACAAUGAGAGAGGGAGAGAGAGAGAGAGAGAGAGAGAGAAUUUGAGUGUGUGUGCGUCUGUGAUCUCACUGAGUAUUUACACAAAACAUUGUCUUGCUAUGUUGAUGUUUGGAUUUUUAUUACUAUCAAUGUAGAGGCUUUCACACAUUGUUUACUUGGAUCAGACUGUGUUUAUUGAUUUUUAUUUGAUUUGCUUGUUGUGGUGAGUUGUGGGACUGUUUGUGGCUGAGACAUUUUGACUCCCAAAUGCAAAUAACAUGCCUUAAAUUAAACUCUGAGAAGAUGAGUGUUGAAACCUGAUUGAUGGAUUUUUUUUUUUAUGGGAAUUCAGACAUAAGCCGAAGUGGAUUUGUUUUAAUCCCAAAGGUGACUUUGUUGAGGAAUGCCAAUGGAUUAAAAAGAGUGUUUGCAACAUGGGGGCUUAAACCUGUUCAUCGCGAAACACUGCCCAAGUGCCUUAAAAAAAGAUUGGGGAACUGAUCUUAUUCUUUGACAUAAACUUUUCUAAUUGUGUGUAUGAUGUGAUGUUUUGCCCUUGUCACCUUCUACUCAGAUGACCUUUGCCGUACGGCGAGAAAGCUUUGGAUUUUUAUAAACUGUAGUAUGUUGAAUUGAAUGUCAUGGUUGAAUUGUGUAAGAGAAACAUCAAUAAAGAUUUUCUUUCUGUAUCAA